AUGCAAACCCCAACUCUCCUCACCAUCUCUCUCCUCUUCCUCUCCAACGCCCUCUCCGUAACCGCCACUCCUCCCGCAUGUCUCCUCGCAGCCAUCAACGUUCAAUCCGAUCCCUCCGAUCUCAAGGCUCUGUGCGGAACAUUGGAACAUGCUGUGACGGGAAAUAUCACGGAUAGAUGUUCGGGGGAUAAAUACAAAGAGGCUGUGAGCUCUUACCAAGCUACUUGUUUUGAGGGUGCGGGGGUUAAUAUUACAAUCACAUCCUCCUCUGCCUCCGCCACAGGCACAAACACAGCAUCUAUCUCUGGCUCUGGCUCUGCCUCCGCAAGCGCAACCGCAACCGCAACCGGAAGCGGCGCAAAAGCUACCGGAACCGCUUCCGCAACUGGAUCGAGCGGAUCGAGCGCUAGCGCGACGGGAAGCACUACUGGUGCGAGCGCGGCUACGGCUACGGGUGCUGCAGGAGCUUUGGUUGUUCCGGGAUUCUUGGGAGUUGUGGGAUUAGUUGGUGCGGUUCUUUUCUAG